UGAAACUUGAAGAUUAGGCCUAUGAUGACCUCUUCAAAUUCGAGUAUAGCAUAGCGUUCGGACUCUAAUCGGUGUUCACGUAGCUUGGUUGAGUAUCAAGUCAAAACCUCCAGCUCGAUUCAAACAAUACGAUAAACGUUUGCUAGUUCUUUUGAAGUCGUUGCUUUUUUAACGCUGGGUUCGAACUCAAAUCUCUCUGGAAAUUUCAGCAACGACUUCCUUCAGCGGCUCCGAACGAUGUCUGGAGGUGCCCCGCUACCGGUCCCGGUGAAGGGCGAAGACAUCGUCAUACUCAACAUUGACGACAUCAAAAAGACCGCCUCCAAGAACUUGCCCGUCACAGCCAGGGAAUUCUUUAACUCAGGUUCAACCUACCAAACUACGAUCGCGGAGAACUCAGCCGCUUUCGACAAAUACCGCCUGCGCUCGCGGGUAUUAGUCGACGUCUCCAGCCUCAACACAUCCACAACCUGUCUCGGCCAGCCCAUUAAAUUCCCCCUGUGCAUCGCCCCUGCCGGACUCCAAGCCAUGGCCCACCCCGACGGCGAACUUGCCACAGCGCGGGCGUGCUCCUCCUUCGGCGUCAAUAUGGGUAUUUCCUCGUACGCCAACUACUCCACUGGUGACAUUACCGCCGCUGGUGGGCACGGAAUUUCAUAUGCCAUGCAGCUCUAUCCAAUGAGAAACCGUCAGUUGCAAGAACGUAUCAUCCAACGAGCCGAAGCCGCGGGAUGUAAGGCUAUACUGCUGACAGGUGACUCCCCCGUGCUGGGUGUACGGUACAACGAGUGGCGCAACGACUUCCGCACUCCUGAAGGCCUCUCGUUCCCUAACCUGGAGAGAACGAGCGAAGUGAUCCGCGAGACGACGCAUGAUUCGGGGUUUAUGCAGUAUAACGACGACUCGCACAGCUGGGCCCGGGACAUUGCGUGGUUAAGGGGGAAGACAAAGAUGCAGAUCUGGAUCAAGGGGAUUUUGACAGCCGAGGACACGAAUCUUGCUAUUCGGCAUGGGUGUGAUGGGAUCAUUGUGAGUAACCAUGGCGGGAGGCAGUUGGACGGGGCUCCGGCAACAUUGGAUGCGCUGCUGGAGUGUGUGGAAGCCGCCAGAGGCAGGAUACCAGUGCACAUGGAUGGUGGGAUACGGAGGGGAUCGGAUAUUUUUGUUGCGCUUGCGCUGGGGGCUGAAUGUGUUUGGGUGGGGAGACCGGUAAUCUGGGGGUUAGCGUAUAAAGGGCAGGAGGGGGUUGAGAAGGUAUUGCAGGUGUUGUACGAGGAUUUUCGAAGGUGCAUGGCUUUGUGUGGGUGUCGGGGUGUUGAGGAGAUUACGAGGGAUUGUCUGGCAAGGAUGACUGCUGACGGUUUACUUGUUCGCUGUAAGUUGUGAUAUGUUGCCAUAAAGUCUGCUGCUGCUGUCAUGUUUCGUCCAAGUCCCGCAGCUCCUUUUGCCACAUUCUGGUCAGUUAUCGCUUGCGGGUAGCCUUUGCUGGAAAGACUAUUCA